CUUUUUCCCUGCCUGUCAGAUCUGAGCUGAAUGAUUAAUUAAGAUUGAUUCCACGUUUUACUGAUCCUACUGUCAUUCACUCACUCAAACUUCACUCCACUCCUCGUCAUCCUCUUUCCCUCCUUUUUGACAUUCUCUCUCCCCCUCUUCGACAUUCUCUCCCUCUCUCUCCUCCUCUCUCUCACGUUAUCUACUUCAGCCACUCUGUCUCUGACCUUCGUCUACCUAGUCCCCUAAUCGUGUAACUCAGUCAGCAGUCGAGAUAGUUUGGUCUGAAUACUUGCACUGUCGCCAGACAGACCAGCCACGGCAUUAGUGUCACGAUCAUGGAUCCUAAUUACAACUACCAGGCACAUCUGCCGUCAAAUCAACUAUUGAUCCAGCAACAACAGCAACAACAACAACAGCAACAACAACAGAUGCAGCUACCGCAAGGAUACUCACAUCAUAUGGCCAUGCAUCCACAGGUCGUAUCACCUCAGCUUCACCAUAUGCAUGCUAGCCAGCAUCAUCCACAGCAGCAACAGCAACAAGUCCAUCACACCCAACAUCUUUCUCAUCAGUUGUCGCCUCAAAUGGAUAUUCAAUCGAGCAACCUCAUACCUCAGCAACAGCAGUAUCUCUUGCAGCAACAACAGUAUCAAUAUCAACAACAACAGCUAUACCUACAGCAACAACAACAACAACAUUCUCAGCAGCAGCAUUCUCAACAGCAGCAACCUCAACAGCAGCAGCACUUUGGAUAUACUUCGCCAGUGCAGUAUGCUAAUGCUACGGUCACAUACAGCCAAGCUAUGCAAUACGAGCCUUCCACGUCGUAUGCUAUGGAUCAGUCACAUCUGGCAUCACCGCUGACGUCGCCGCCAUUGGCUUCUGCCCAGCUACAGCAGGCACAGGCUUUAGCACUGGCUCAACAAGCUCAACAAGAAUUGGCUCGGCAGCAACAGCAGCAACAGGAACUAGCUCGUCAGCAAGCUCAAGCAAGGGCACAGGCACAAGCACAAGCACAGGCUCAAGCCCAAGUCCAGGCCCAAGCUCAUGCACAAACUCAGGCCCAGAAUCAAGCACAUACUGUGGCUCGCACACAACCCAUGUCAACUCAUCAAUCCAUCCAACAACAGCAACAACAGCAACAGCAACAGCAGCAAAGAAUGAUUCAACAACAACAGCAGCAGCAACAAGUGUUUAAACAUCAAGCUCAGACUGCCAUACAUCAGAAUACAUACAGUCAGCUACCUGCUCAUCUUAACCAGCAAUUUGCUGUCAAUGGAUCUACAGUUGUUGCUGUUGCCCCAGCCAUUGCUUCAACAGCGACACCUGCACCUGCGCGGAUCGGUGCGGCAAAAUCUGGUAAACAGUCUGCCGCUCGAGGGCGAGGAGGGGGCAAGGCUGUUGGAGCGACACGAAAGCAGGCUGCUAGGGCCGCUGCUCUCCAAAACAAAGCUAUUCAUCAAUCAUUCGGGAGUGAAGAUGACUCAGACUCGGGAUCUGGUUCAUCAAGCUCUGCAGGUGGCGACUCAUCGGCUGGAUCUGAGUCUGAGUCUGAAGAAUCGGAUCAAGAAUUCAAAGGCAAAACGCCACCACCGACUAAAAAGGCUGGCAAUAGGAAAAAGAAAGUCACAAGAACCGGAGGCAAUGCUUCCCAUUGGGCUGUCCCUUAUGAUCCAGUUCUUGUGCCUAUGGCCAGCAAGACAUUGGAAAAGAUUUUGGCUUGGAGGAUGCAUGAAGGAAGGGAGGAGCUUCUGAUUAAGCACAAGUUUGCAAGCUACCUUCAUGUCGAGUGGGUCCCUAGGAAAAAGAUUGAAGAAGGCGAGCAUCUAGGCAAGAACCGAGUCAAGAAAUUUAUGGAAAAGCAUGGACAAUAUUCAGACUAUGAGCAUUUUAACCCGUCAUUUGUUAAGAUUGACCGCAUCAUCGACGAAGGCGAGUUGGCGACUCCAACCGGUGAAGUUCAAAUCUACUUUCUAGUCAAGUGGUGUAAUACCCCAUAUGAUGGCUCGACUUGGGAACUGCGUGAUACUAUCUUGAACCUUGACGCCCCCAAGGUACACGAAUUCUAUUCACGAAAGAUUAUUCCAACGCCAGAAGAGGCUCGUCAGCUUCCUCGCCCACCUCGUGGUGCGUUCCGUAGAAUGAAGGAGUCUCCAGCGUUCAAGCAUGGAAACCAGCUACGACAGUAUCAGAUGGAAGGUUUGAACUGGCUAUUAGAUUGCUGGUUUAAUGAGCAGGCUUGCAUCAUGGCAGAUGAGAUGGGACUUGGAAAGACGGUACAAUCAGUCACAUUCUUAAACGAGAUUCAUACAACGUAUCGUAUCCGUGGUCCCUUCCUAGUCAUUGCGCCACUGUCAACAAUCCCACAUUGGCAUCGAGAGUUUGAAGCUUGGACAAACAUGAACGUUAUCGUGUUUCAUGGAAAUCAACCAUCAAGAAAUUUAAUUGUAGAUACGGAGUUUUAUUAUAAGGAUGCACAGGGCCAAAUUGUCCCAGGUCUAUACAAGUUUGAUGUUCUGAUCACUACAUAUGAGAUGAUUGUGGCUGCAUCUGCUCAGCUCAAGCCCAUUGCCUGGAGAGCCAUUGUUGUCGACGAAGCUCACAGGCUUAAGAACUCUGCAUCUAAAGUCACAGAGAUUUUAAAGACAUACAACCUGGAGCAUCGUGUCUUACUGACAGGAACUCCCCUCCAAAACUCUCUAGAUGAGCUGUUUGCUUUGCUUAACUUUUUGGAGCCAACUCGUUUCUCAAAUGAGAAGGCGUUUUUGGCAGAAUAUGGAAACCUCAAAACAGCAGCGGAGGUAGAUAAGCUGCAGCAGUUGUUGAAGCCCUUGAUGUUACGUCGUUUCAAGGAAGACGUAGAAAAGUCAAUUCCUGUCAAGGAGGAGACAAUUAUUGAAGUCGAACUUACUACAACUCAAAAAGCUUUUUACCGCGCCAUUCUGGAAAAGAACUUCGGGUUCCUAAAGAAAGGUGGAUCAGCAGGACCAAGCUUAAUUAAUAUCAUGAUGGAACUGCGCAAGUGUUGUAUUCACCCUUAUUUGAUUCAAGGAGCUGAAGACCGUAUCGUCGCUGAAAAGAAUGCCGUUACUCCAGAGACUCAAUAUCAGUGCUUGAUUGAAGCAUCUGGAAAAUUGGUUCUGAUUGAUAAGCUACUUAGAAAGCUCAAAGAAGGCGGCCACAAGGUGCUAAUCUUCUCGCAGAUGACUCGUUGUUUGGAUUUACUGCAAGACUAUCUCCGAGGUCGUGGAUACCCUUACGAACGCAUCGAUGGAUCCAUUCGAGGAGAUAUGCGCCAGGCAGCCAUCGACCGCUUCUCAACUACACCCGACUCAUUUGUCUUCCUACUUUGUACUCGUGCAGGAGGUGUUGGUAUUAAUCUGACAGCAGCAGAUACAGUGGUUAUUUUUGAUAGCGAUUGGAAUCCUCAGAAUGAUCUUCAAGCUACAGCGCGCUGCCAUCGUAUCGGGCAGACCAAGCCAGUUCAGAUUUACCGCCUUGUAACGCGCAAUACAUACGAGAAAGAGAUGUUUGAUCGUGCAAGCAUCAAGCUGGGUUUGGAUAAAGCUGUUCUUCAAAAAAUGGAUGUUAUGCCCCAUCCCGAUGAUCUUUCGGAUAUGCCCAAGCCGCCUUCAUCUUUGAGCAAGAAGGAAGUCGAAGAGCUAUUGAAGAAAGGAGCCUAUGGGGCUCUUCUGGACGAUGACGAGACAAGUGCCAAAUUUUGCGAGGAAGAUAUUGACCAGAUUUUGGAGCGCCGAACUACUGUUAUCAAGCAUACGGGAAAUGAGAAAGGGUCUGUUUUUUCCAAAGCGACGUUUUCUUCUACCCCCAGCGGCGAAGAAGUUGACGUAAAUGACCCACAGUUCUGGGACAAGUGGGCUGAAAAGGCUAAAGUAGAUAUCCAAGACAUCACCACCAAAGACCAGCUCAUCAUCAAUGCGCCGCGCAGCCGUCGACAGGUGCAACGGUUUGGUAAGGAGCAGGAUGGUUCUGAUUCUGAUGAUAAAGACUAUGUAUCUGAUCCAGAUUUCGAAGAUGCACACGGAGAUAAGGAUAUCAAGGAUUCAGGGUCCAGGAAGCGUGAGGCGCCUCGUUCGUGGAGCAUGGCCGAAAAACUCAUGUUUGAGCGUAAGCUGAUGAUCUAUGGCUAUGGACGCUGGGACCAAAUGCGUGUCUUCUUUGCUCGCCGAACUGAAAAAGAUUUGAAUGCAGUAGCACAUUGUAUGGUGCGUCAAAUCAUGAAGGACAUGACCGCUACCUCAGAUGAUGACAAGAAGCUCAUCAGCGACUUGGAGACGGUCCUCGCUGAGUGUGAUGCAGCAAGUGGGUAUGAAGCCCCUGCCUCCGGAGAUAUUCCCUUUGAGAAGGCUAGCAAGAAAUCGACAAUCGAAUUCCGAUCCUUCUUACUGAAUGCGACUCAGGAGUACAUUGACCACAUCAAAAAGAAAGGACGCAAUCUAGUACUUAGAGUGCAACUGAUUCACACUAUCCGCAAUCUGAUUCCUAAGGAUUGGAAUCGAGCGAAGGAGAUGGUAAUCCCGCAUGUGUCUGGCGUUCCUCCGGCUAAAUGGUGGGGGGAAGAAGAGGAUCGCGAUUUGAUGUUAGCGAUUAUCAAGUAUGGAUACCUUGUCACAGAGCCCCAAUACGAAGCUGUUCGCAAUGACCCAGAGUUCUGUUUCUAUGGUCGCAAAUACGAUUUUCGCGCUAGCGGUGAUGGCAAUGAUGACGAUGAUGGUGAAGGCACCAGUAGCCGUCGUUCUCGUCAGUCAAGCUACAGCGCUGAUCACGAUGAUGGUGAGGCCUUGCCUUGGCCUUCUAAAUCUGAUAUUGGCCUCCGGCUGAGACGUAUCAUCUCGGCGUUGCAACGCCAGAAUCAAGUCGAACUUCGCAAAUCAACAUUAGCGGAGAAGGACAGAAACAAGGAGAGACAGCGUCAGGAUCGCCAACGUCAGCGUGAAGAAGCUGCGCAAGAAAAGAAAUUGCAGAAAGAGCUCGAAGUAGCCUCGAGAUGGACAAAGAAGGAUAAGAAUGAGUUUUACAAGACGAUCACCUCCUUCGGUGUUGUACGUUUGAGAAAUGGGCCAAUUCAGGGUCGUUCGCGAUCAUCAGCGGCAUCAGGGUACCAUCCAAGCCAUUCAUCUAACUCACACAGCAGACGUCAUUCUCGCCACAACCCGCCUCCAGCUGCUGCCAUCGUGGAGCAUGACUGGACACGGUUCAAGGAAUUAGCAGGGUUGACCAAGAAGCCUGAUGAGGUAAUGGAGGAAUAUUACCAGCACGUAAUGAAGAUGUGCCAGCAGGUUGUGGAUAAGAACAACGCACUCCCUGGUCAUAAUUCACGUGAAUCAAGUUUAGCUGCGAACAAUAGAAACGAAGGCGACGAGGCUAUCAAGGAUGAAGAGAAGGAGGAGAAGGAAGAGGAUGACAGGGACGAUUCCGGAGGCGAUGUUCCACCUUUGGACAGGGCCAGACGCGUCUUGAAGAGAGUCGAACUUAUGAAUGUUCUUCGUGAUGACGUCCUUGCAAAUCCAAUGUUGGACGAGCUACUUGCAGCCUCGCGCCGUUCCCCUGGGCUGCCUAGCUGGUGGAAAGUCGGCAUCCACGACAAGCCAUUUUUAGAGGGUCUUGCCAAGCAUGGUAUCCAUCGUCAAGAUUUGAUCGUUGAGGAUCCAGAGCUCCCUUUUGCUGAAAUUAGCAGGCACUUUUCAGAAAUGCAGCGGGAACGAAAAGAGAUGCAGGCUGUAGGGAUAGCCGCAGCUCCAGAACAUGGAGAGAUGGAUAUUGAUUUGGCUUUUACAAAGAAAGAGGAAAGCGAGCAGAUCGAGACACCAUCUAUGUCAGUACAUGAUGAUUUUAAGCCCAUGGAGGGAAUCAUCGUGAACACAGCUAUCAAAAAUGAAUCAGUUGACAAGGCUGAGUUGCUUUUGGAAACACCUAUCAGUGAUCAUCCUGAGUCUACACAUUCUACUAUUACAUUACAGGGACCAGCUGAGCACAAAUAUACUGAAACCAUGGCUAUUGACAACAUUAAUGAACAUGGCGGUCAGAAUCUGGUUAACGGCGCUGAAGCUCCAAAAACUGAAGGAGAAUCUAUAGGCCCAAAGACCGAACCUGGCUUUGAACUUAAAACUGAAAUAUCAGAUGAGAGCAUCAAGACUAAGGGCAUGUCUAUGGAUGAUACAGAGAACAAAAUGGAAGAUGACCCUGCUGUCGUCACGACCACUUCUAAGGCUACAUCCUCCACACCUGCGGAACCUGAAGAGUUUGUUUGGCUUAAGGAGGCCGUUGUUCUCCGGCGCAUGGAUCACCUUAUGGAUAUUGUUCUUCAUCCCAAACCUGUUUCGAAGAAGAAGCGACGUCAUCAUGCAGCUCAACUGGCAUUGAACAACUCGCUGAUCGCAAGCAAGAGCAGGAAGAAAGGUGGUGAGGAGGAUGAAGAUAGCGAUUCUGACAGGAGCGACCAAGAGCAUUAUGAUGACUCGCGAGACAGUCCUAUGGCUAAUUCACCCGUACCAGCAAGUCCUGCCAGUAAAAAGCGAAACAGACCAUCGGCUAAGGAGGAUAAGAAGAUGGUGACAAUCGAGGGCGAUGAUGAUCGGUCUUCUGUCUCUGUUAAAAAGUCAGGGCUAAAGCUGACAAUCAAGUUAGGCAAAAUGUCCAGCAAGGAGGGCAAGGAAAAGAGAGGUCGCAGACCAACAGAGGGCAAGGAGCGCAGAGUUGCGCAUGAAGAAGCUAUGAGCUCAAGUGGCAGUGAUACAGAUGAGAUGAUGGCACUUGCUAGCAAGCAGGUAGAGUAUCUGCAACGUAAGAUCAUGGAAAAGAAAAAAUCGAAGGGCUCCUCGUCCAGAUCCAUUCCAGGCAGCCAUGAAAGCAGUUCUAAAGCCUCACCGCGGUCUUUCUCCUCACCCAGCCAUCACCAAGAUCAUAUCAGCCAUCACCGUAAAUCUUCUUCCUCUUCCUCAGUGAAGCGACGCAGACGCGAUAGGUCUCCCUCUUCAUCAUCUUCAGGAUCUUCUACGUCUUCAUCUUCCCGUUCCGGAUCAUCAUCAUCUGGCUCUGGAUCAUCUUCAGGCUCCUCCUCAGGAUCUGGUUCAUCUUCAGGAUCCGAUUCGGAGUCAGAGAUUCGCCACCGCCGCAAUCGGGAGCGUAAGUAUAGACACAGAAGCCGGUCUUCAUCAUCAUCAUCAAGAGAUCGCUCUAGGAAGCGUGCGCAUUCUUCUGGUCAUCGUGAUCACAAUAGAGAUAGAGACAGGCAUCCCCAUCGCCAGCGUGAUCACCAUUCAGCGCCAUCAUCUAUAUCCAAGCAACGGCCUCGUAACCAUCACUAUGACGGAUCUGUAGACCCCUAUUAUGCUGCAGCAUCUGCCUCAGCAUCCCCAAUGUCCACUGUAGCGAGGAAUGUAACAAGCUUAAAAUUAUCAUCAUCAAGCCAAAAUGGCAAGCGUAAGGUGUCAACCCCUCGUUCCGAAGAAGGAAGCUACGCUAGUGAGGGCGUGAGCAGUGGCGGCGGUGGUUUCAGUGGUGGACUAGACGAUGACCAUGGUGUUGUGUUUGGAGACGAUUAUGACUAUCGAGUUGAUGAUAAUGAUGAUACAUUCCGCAAACGACCAAAACCAUAGAAUCACCACUCCUUUUAUUGUUGUCUUUAUCAUUAAAUAAUUUCUUAUUACUCUAACACAUGGACAGACAAAAGCAUAAUAAAGCUUGUAG